AUGCACUUUUCAACUACCUCGUUCCUCGCGGUUCUCGCCGCAUCUGUUGCGUCUGCACAGCAAAUGCAGGUCAACUACUACAGCGACCAGUGCAGCAGCUAUCUUGGUGCAGUCGAAGUGUCUUGGGCCACCAAUCUAUACGCCGGACCCCCGAACUGCUACAACUAUCACUACGGCGCCUAUGCGAACAUUGCCAAUUGCUGGGCUGGUGGUUGCGUGUGCGACUUUUACCAAGGAUCCAACUGUGGCGGCGGGCAGCUGUUCCAGCAAGCCUUUGAAGGAGGCAACUGUGUUCAGGUUGAUGGGGCCAAUUCUUUUGCAUGCUACUAUGGAAUGUAA